AUGGCAGUCAAGAUGAUCGUGGUCUUUAGUGAUUCCCAGUUGGUAGUUAACCAAAUGCGGGAUAGCUAUCAGGCUCGGGAUAACAAGAUGACAACCUACCUCAACAAGACCAAAGAAUUGCAGUCGAACUUCGACGAGUUCACUAUCAACCAAGUACCAAGAGGGGAGAACAAUCAUGCAGAUGCAUUAGCAAACCUUGGAUACAAAAAACUUUGCUGUCUGACCAAGGGACAGUCAGCCGGAAUCUGGAAGUUGCAAGUAGACUGCUCAAGUAACACUAGAGGAAGUGGACUCAGACUCGUCUUGACUUCACCCCAAGGUGACGUAAUCGAACAAGCAAUCCAAUGCGGGUUCAAAGCUACCAAUAAUGAAGCCGAAUACGAAGCAAUGAUAGCUGGACUCGGACUAGCCAAAGACAUGGAAGUCAAAAGGAUCGUGGUCUUCAGUGAUUCCCAGUUGGUAGUCAACCAAAUGCAAGGUAGCUAUCAGGCUCGGGAUAACAAGAUGACAGCCUCCCUCAAAAAGACCAAAGAAUUGCAGUCGGACUUUGACGAGUUCACUAUCAACCUAGUACCAAGAGGGGAGAACAAUCAUGCAUAUGCAUUAGCAAACCUUGGAUCUUCCUCCCAUACAACUGACUCCAAGACAAUACCAGUAGUAUAUCUCCAAUGGCCAGCUGUCUAG